AGAAAAAUAUUAUAAAAAAAAAAAAGAAAAAAAAAGAGAAAACAUUGUCAGCGAGAACAUGUUUAAAGAAAAGAAAACAGAGCUUUUUAAUCAUUAUUCCCAGAAAUAGAACAAAAAAUAAAACAGGUUUUGACUUCUUCUAGCCAGCAGGUACUUGCUGUUUGGAAGCGGUGCACUCGGGGUGGAGGGUAGUUGGUUUCACUCAGUCCAGUUCUCAUAUAUAGUCAAUGGUUACAACAAACCCAUUUCCCCUUUGAGGGAUCAAUUAAGUUAUUUUUAAUUCUAUUCUAUUCUAUUCUAUUCUAUUCUAUUCUAUUCUAUUCUAUUCUAUUCUAUUCUAUUCUAUUCUAUUCUAUUCUAUUCUACUCUACUCUACUCUAAUAUGAGAUCAAGUUCAAUAACAUUAUUAUAUUUGAAUAAAUCCACCUCUUUGCUCGCUGCCAUGACAACCGCACUGUCUCUUUAAGAAACCCGGAAGUGAUUGCAUGAUACCCGACCCGUACAGCGGGCUGGCAGCUCACGCGCUCCUGCGAUGAUCCCUCACUUCGCUCUUCGGGCUGUUCGUAGCAGCGUGAGGUGCUGGCGUCACGGGGCUGUCCUUAAAGUUACCCGAGAGGCCUCCGCCGUCAGCGGUUGGCGCUGCUUCUCUGCCCGCGGUCGCGCGUCGGGUAUGGAGGAGAUCCUGGCCAGGGUGGUCGUACCUUUACCCUCAUACGAGACAAGAGAGAAAUCCCCGCCUCCCCCAGAGUCCAACAGCUUGGACUUUAUGCACUUCUACAGAAGUUUAGACGAAGUUGACAAAGUCGAGUUGCUGACAAAGCUGUCUAGAGACUACGGAGUGGACCACAAAGGCGCGUCGGAGCUGGCCGUGAAGCUGCUGGACACGCAGCUGCGCGACCUGGCGACCAUCCUGCAGGUCGAAGACCGGCUCCGUUACAGUCUGACGCCCCGUUACAAGCAGCUGCUGUGUCACAUCAGCAGGGUGGAAGGCGGGGUGAAGUUUCUGGUGGACCUCCGAGCUGAUGUUCUUGAAUUGAUCACAUCCAAAGUCAGCGAAAGCCCUCAAAUCAGGGAACUUAGCAGCACUCUGAAGAGCCUGCUGUCCGAGUGGUUCUCUGUGGGUCUGCUGCGGCUGGAGAGGAUCACCUGGCAGUCUCCAUGCGAGAUCCUGCAGAAGAUCAGCCAGUACGAGGCGGUGCAUCCUGUAAGGAACUGGACCGACCUGAAGCGCCGGGUGGGUCCGUAUCGGCGCUGCUAUGCCUUCACCCACGCCGCCAUGCCAGGGGAGCCGUUGGUGGUGCUCCACGUGGCUCUGACGGAGGAAAUCUCCGAUAACAUUCAGAGUAUUGUCCGUGAGUUUGCAACCCUGGACUCGGAGGAGGAUGUCAACAAGAUAAAUUCUGCCAUCUUUUAUUCCAUCUCCUCAACCCAGGCGGGUCUGCAAGGAGUGGAGCUCGGCAACUACCUGAUCAAGAAGGUGGUGCGCGAACUGCAGAGCGAGUUCCCUCACAUGGCCCAGUUCUCCAGCCUGUCUCCCAUCCCGGGCUUCUCCGUUUGGCUUCAGGGCGUCUUGAACCAGUACAGGAAGGACAACAGGGGCUCGGACCUGCUGUCGGAGCAGGAGUGGAGGGAGGUGGAGCAGGCCACGGACUCCGGCGCCGGGAGCCCGGCCGCCGACGCGCUGCGGAAGCUCAUCAGCAGCGGCGAGUGGACGCGCUCCGACAGGCUGAGCAGCGUGCUGGAGCCCGUCCUGAUGCGCCUCUGUGCCUGGUACCUGUACGGCGAAAAGAGGCGGGGCUACGCUCUCAACCCGGUGGCCAACUUCCACCUGCAGAACGGCGCCACCAUGUGGCGGCUCAACUGGCGCGCCGACACCAGCCCCAGGGGCGUGGCCAACUCCUGUGGGAUCAUGGUGAACUAUCGCUAUUUCCUGAGCGAGACGUCCAGGAACAGCGCCCUCUACCUUCAGAACAAAGUGGUGGCGGCGUCGGAACAGGUGCUGGGACUGGUAUCGCAGUUUCAGAAGAACAGCAAACUGUGACGGCGUUUUUGGUUUGCUCAGAUUGCACAUGUUGUAAAUAGCAGAUUGAGUGAGAUGUUUCAUAUGUUUUCUGCCCUGAUGUCAGUGGAAGCUGAUGAAGAACGAGGAAUUUAAAUAUUAUUUUUGAAACCAAUAAAGCGAUUCAUCCCAUCUG